AUGCCGGCCCCGUUGGCAUGCUUGGUCUCACCCACCGAGUGCCUGAACUUCGUCCAGCACUCUCCCGGCUUUUGCCCAUCGCCGAUGCCGGAUGUGCCAGAGCUCCCGGAGCUGAUGGAGCUGGAACGAAGCGGCUCUUCCACAUACCAAGACUUCGACAGCAUGCUGAGGCAGCGCAGCGCCGGCCGCGGCGGCCCGGCCCUGACCGUGGCCUUCCGAGACUGCGGCUGGAGUGGAGAAAGCGAGCCCCUCUCGCCACAGACGACCGAGGGUGCUUUGGCAGACAGUGGCGCGGAGGAGCCGCCGAGGAGGCGAAGGGCCAAAAGCCGCUGCCGCUGCUGCCAGCGGCUGCUGCCCUUGUUUGCAGAGGUUGGUGGCGCCUUCUGCGUGAGCUUCGUGCAGAACGUCGAGGCAGCCCUUUACUUCGUGGCUGCUCCUGGUAACCAUGUCUACAACUGGUACUUGCGGAAGCUGAAGGCUUUCAAUGCCAUCGGUGGUGUUGGGCGUCAGCCAGGCUUAUACCUGAGACAUCGCAAGCCGCGGGGCUCGCAGGAGUACACGCUCCUGAUGCUGAUGUUGACUCUGGCGAUCGCGACAUUGGGCUUUAUCGCGCAGUCUGCGAUUCUGUUCAGGCUUCAGCCACGGCAUUCGGCCUUCUUCGCGGCACUUCUACUGCCGCCUUUUGCUGACCUCCUCGCGCUGGUCAAUACCAUACUCUUUCUCUGUGGUGCUGCGAGGACGGCACCACAUGCUGCCUCUUCGUGGUCGCAUCAAAUUGGAACUCGGCCAUCGGCCUGCUUUACAGGGUCAUGGCCAUGGACACCUGGCGUUCUUCCGGGCUCCUCCAUGUGCUGGUCGAGUACUUGA